AUGUUCAGGUCAAUAAUUCUCGUGGUGUUACUGGUCUACGGUGCAGCUGCCACCUCGCCGGGAGUAUGCGGCGAAAACGAACUCUGGCUGCAGUGUGCACCAUGCAAUUGCGGAAAACAUGAAGUGUACAAAACCUGCGGAACUGCAUGUCCGAGAACCUGUAAUGAUAAGGGACCAGUGCCGUGUACAUUGCAGUGUGUGGAGGGAUGUUUUUGCCAAGAUGGCUACGUACUCGAUCGAAAAGGCGGAAGGUGCAUUCCUGAAUAUCAGUGCAGAUACCAAUGUGGACCAAAAGAAAUCUACAAGAGUUGCGGAAGUGCAUGUCCGAAGGUUUGUGGAAAGAGCGACUUCGUGCCAUGCCCAGCCAUCUGCGUGCAAGGAUGUUUCUGCAAGCAGGGUUACGUUUUCAGUCGAGAGGGCGGAGUGUGCAUUCCAGAAUCAGAGUGUUCCAUAUCGAGUGAGUGGAACCUUUUGCAAUCUAUCAGAAACGCCCACAGUGGAACAAUUGAUAAACGAUUCAACGAAUCCUUAUACGGUUCCCAUAUGUGA